GUGCCAUCAUUUCAUCCGGAUUACAUCUGAGUUUCGAUGGGUCGGAUUUUGAGGGACGACUUUAAAAAGAAAGACCUGUGGCGCUCACCAUGAAAAGCCUUGAUUAGAGCUGUUUUCCCUGGUGUUCCAGGGGACUCCGUGACAUAGCUGCAUCAUGCUGAACUUGCUGUUCCGCAUCCAUGGCCUGUUCGUGGCCUCCCACCCAUGGGAGGUGAUCGUGGCGACCGUGACCGUGACCAUCUGUUUGAUGUCCAUGAACAUGUUCACGGCCAAAGACCAGCUCUGUGGCUGGAACUACGACUGCCCCAAGAUGGAGGAGCCAAUCCUGAGCAGUGACAUUAUCAUCUUAACCAUCACAAGAUGCAUUGCCAUUCUGUAUAUUUAUUUCCAAUUCCAAAAUCUACGACAGCUUGGUUCGAAAUAUAUAUUGGGGAUUGCUGGCCUUUUCACAAUAUUUUCAAGCUUUGUCUUUAGCACUGUUGUUAUUCAUUUCUUGGACAAAGAACUCAGAGGCCUUAAUGAAGCGUUGCCUUUCUUCCUGCUACUGAUCGACCUCUCCAAAGCAUGCGCCCUGGCCAAGUUUGCCCUAAGCUCCAACUCUCAGGAUGAAGUGAGAGACAACAUUGCUCGUGGAAUGGCCAUCCUGGGUCCUACCUUCACACUGGAUGCCCUGGUGGAGUGUCUGGUGAUUGGGGUUGGCACCAUGUCCGGUGUACGUCAGCUGGAGAUCAUGUGCUGCUUCGGCUGCAUGUCCGUCCUGGCCAACUACUUUGUGUUCAUGACCUUCUUCCCUGCCUGCGUCUCCCUGGUGCUGGAGCUGUCCCGGGAGAGCCGAGAGGGCCACCCCAUCUGGAAGCUCAGCCACUUUGCCCGUGUGAUGGAAGAGGAGGAGGACAAUAAGCCCAACCCUGUCACCCAGAGAGUGAAGAUGAUUAUGUCUCUAGGCCUGGUCUUAGUUCAUGCUCACAGUCGUUGGAUCACAGAACCAUCCUCCCAGAACCACAUAGUCGAGGGACCUUGUGUGGCUCUGAGCCUCAAGGACAACGCGCCCAAGAAGAUUGACCUAGAGAGGCCUCUGUGGCAGCUUCAUCUAUUCAGGGUGGUGAGCAUGGACAUCGAGCAGGUCAUCACUCUGGGGCUGGCUCUCCUCCUGGCCAUCAAGUAUGUCUUCUUCGAGCAGGUGGAGAUGGAGUCCACACUCUCCCUAAGCAACCCCAUCACCGGCCCCCCUCCGGCCCCAAGGAGGGGCGGGGGCGAGUGCUGCAGGGGGGACCCCGCCCUGCCCCGUUCCAAGCAGGGGAACACCAAGCAGCACUGCCAUCUCGUCAAGGAGCAGAAAGCUGAGGGUGUUUGUCCUCUGCCUGCUCCAGUGGAGCCGAAGAGCCCCGUCGUUUUGGGAAGAAGGGCCACGGUGUCAGAGAUUUUGAAUACGCUGACAAAACUGUCCCCAGAGCCCCGUCCUGUUGAUGAGUGUGUCUCCAUACUGAGGAACCCAGAGAUGGGUGCCGGUUACCUAAGCGACGCGGAGGUGAUCUCACUGGUGAACUCCAAGCACAUCCCAGGGUACAAGCUGGAGACCCUGAUGGAGACGCCUGAGCGCGGAGUGGUCAUUCGCCGGAAGAUAAUCUCAUCACAGCUGUUGAAUCCCUCAGCCCUCACCUGCUUGCCAUACAAGGACUACGACUACUCCAAGGUGGUGGGGACGUGCUGUGAGAACGUGAUUGGCUACAUGCCCGUGCCAGUGGGAGUGGCUGGGCCGCUGCUCUUGGAUGGGAAGCAGUUUCAGGUCCCCAUGGCAACAACAGAGGGCUGCUUGGUGGCUAGCACCAACCGAGGGUGCAGAGCCAUUGCUCUGAGCGGAGGCGUCAGCAGCCGGGUUCUGGCUGACGGAAUGACCCGCGGGCCGGUGGUACAGCUUCCCUCGGCCUGCCAGGCCGCUGAGGUCAAGGCCUGGCUGGAGACCGCCGAUGGCUUCCAGUGCGUCAAGGAGGCCUUCGACCACACCAGCAGGUUUGCGCGGCUGGAGAAGCUGAUGGUCACCCUGGCCGGGCGGAACCUGUACAUCCGCUUCCACUCCACCACCGGGGACGCCAUGGGCAUGAACAUGAUCUCCAAGGGCACUGAACAGGCACUCUCCAGACUCCAGAAGGAGUUUCCUGAGCUGCACGUCCUGGCUGUGAGCGGGAACUUCUGCACUGACAAGAAACCAGCUGCCAUUAACUGGAUUGAGGGCCGAGGAAAGUCAGCAGUGUGUGAGGCCACCAUCCCAGCCCGGGUGGUCAGAGAGGUUUUGAAGACCACCACAGAAGCCCUCGUCAACCUUAACAUUAACAAGAAUUUAGUGGGCUCCGCGAUGGCUGGCAGCAUUGGGGGCUUCAACGCACACGCGGCCAACAUCGUGACCGCCAUUUACAUCGCCUGUGGGCAGGACCCAGCCCAGACGGUGGGCAGCUCGAACUGCAUCACGCUGAUGGAGCCCACGGGCCCCUCCGGAGACGACCUGUACAUCAGCUGCACCAUGCCCUCCAUAGAGCUGGGCACCGUCGGGGGGGGCACCUGCUUGGCCCCCCAGCAGUCCUGUCUGCAGGUACAGAAAGAGCCAGUGACAGGGGUGUUAGGGUUGGAGUGGGGGGUGACUGAACCUGUGUGGACACUGCGUUUCAGAUACUGGGCGUACAGGGGUCCAGUCAGGACGGGCCUGGGGAGAACGCCCGCCAGCUGGCCCGUGUGGUGUGUGCCGCCGUCCUGGCCGGGGAGCUGUCCCUCAUGGCCGCCCUCGCCGCCGGUCACCUGGUCAGGAGUCACAUGACCCACAACAGGUCUAAAGACAGCUUGCAAUAAACUACAGGGACAUGUACCAAGAAAGUAGCCUCAAAUCGGAAUGUAUGCAAGUAGGAUCCCUCAAUGCCAAGGGGAAGCCUGCUAAUGUGUGACCUCUUCAUGGAACUCCAGUAUAGAACACCAAGAAGGAAACCUCCAGCCUGGAUGGAAAGUUCAAGCUGCAGAUAAAAGACUGAUGAUUUCAUGCAGAUUUAUUUAUCAAAUGGAAAGCAGUGUGUUCUCCAAACAUGGUUGAUGUUCAUACCACAAGAGUUGGUACAUUAUUAGAAGGCAGCUGGGCAGUGUUCACUAUGUCAACAGGGUCCAAAGGCAAUGGGUGUCAAUGCUUAAUUGUUUCUGAGUGAAGCCAUUUACAACUGACAAAUGUGUCAUUUACUUUUGAAGUCCUUGGGCUAACCAAGUAAAUCUGAUCUUAAUAUUCUGCAGUUGUACUGCACGGCUUACUUAGAGCAGGCUCUAUCAGCUGGAAACUAUGGCAAUUUAAAUAAAUUAUGGUGCUCUAAUAUUAUAAGCUUUUCUGAUAUGGAAGAAGCUGAAUUUGUAUUUAUGUGUCCGUUACUAUUUCGCUUUUUAAUAGAUUUGACUUUAAUAGAUUUGACACCUGCUAAAUUCAGCAUAUGGUGUUACAUGCACUAGUAAAUAUUAAGUGAUUAUAUAUUUAUAUAUGAAGUUAUUUUACAAACCAAACUUGAAUGUGUUUUCCUAUCACCAGGUAAAAACUGCUGGACAGUCAUGUUGUACAUUUUGAAAAUGAAAAGAUUUAAAACUAAUUCUAAUAUUCUAAUAAUAUUCUAUUAUACACAAUCCUUAAACAGGGUCUACUGUUGAUGCCUAUAAAAUGGCUGUCUAUAAAUGGCUUACUUUCAGAUGCUCUCCUGGAUUCCUCCACUACAGUAAGAUUGUUUCAAAUGUUAUCUUCAGGUCAGUGGAGAUAACAAGUGUGUGUACGCAUGUGUAUUUAUUUAAACUCACGAUAUGACCGCUGCCACAGGACAGUGAAAGUAUGUUUAAUAGUUCACUCCGUAUGUUUUUGGACUUUAAAUUAAAAUAUUAUCUAAAAUCGUGAUCCGUACAACAAAAUACAGCCACAAAAGGUUUUGCAGUUGGGAUUGAAUUGUCCAAAAUAAGGUCUUGACAUGCCUGAUUUAGUUUUUUCUUUUAAUUAUUCUGUAUUUUUGUAAUGAAAUGUGCAAUAAUAUUAAAAAAAGAAAUUGUU